AUUUCAUUUCCAAGUUACUUGUACAACUUAAGAAACCUCAAAAGCUCUCUGCUUUCACAGAAUCUCUCUCUCUCCCUCUCUCUCUCUGUGCGUGUGCUUCAAGUGAAGCUCGAGAAGAAGAAGAAAAAGGUUAAACCUUCAUUAUGCCGGCAGUGAUGGUGAGAAUUUUCCUUUUGUACAACCUCUUCAACUCGUUUCUCCUCUGUUUGGUCCCCAAGAAACUGAGAGGAAUCUUCCCUCCUUCUUGGUACCCUCACCACGUCGACGAUGACAACCCCAAGAAUCCUCCGCCGUCUUCUUCGCCGUCUCCAUCGCCGCCGCCGGCGAGAGUAGACCCGGUGGAGCUGAAAAGGGUCUUCCAGAUGUUCGACAAGAACGGCGAUGGCCGAAUCACCAAAGAAGAGCUCAAUGACUCUCUGGAGAAUCUUGGCCUCUUCUUACCGGACAGAGAGCUCGCCCAGAUGAUCCAAAAGAUCGACGCGAACGGAGAUGGAUGCGUCGACAUGGACGAGUUCGAGUCUCUGUAUAAAUCGAUCGUAGACCAGAGCGACAAAGAUGACGACAUGAGGGAUGCGUUCGACGUGUUUGACCAGGACGGAGAUGGGUUUAUCACCGUGGAGGAGUUGAAGUCUGUGAUGGGAUCCUUGGGUCUGAAGCAAGGGAAAACCCUAGAGGAUUGCAAGAAGAUGAUCAUGCAAGUGGACGUGGAUGGUGACGGUAGGGUUAAUUACAAGGAGUUUCUGCAGAUGAUGAAAAGCGGCGACCUUUAGCUCGUCGAGUUGAAGGAAGAAGACAAGUUCAAAAGCUCUGACAGUCCCCGUCCAUGUCCGUUCAAUUGAUUGAUUAUUUUUUCUGUAAAUAGCUUCUAAUGGCUCGGACGGUCUGGCUCAACCCACUUUUAUACCCCUGAAAAAAGCUUGCGUAUGAUCCAUUCACACGCUCCCGGCUGAAACAGCAUCGAGCUAACGGGUUUUUGACACGUGUAUGCCGAGAUGGAGAUGCAGGCAGAGGGAAAAGAACAAAGAUUUUCCAUCAUGGAUGUCGAACGUAGAUGCCCUCGCGCGUUUUUUGUGUGUUUUUGUUGAGUUCCUUUGGCUUUUGUAAGAUUCAACUCGUCAGUCUGUUUCAUGUUCUUGAGUAGACUGUUAGCUUUCUUCUCAGUUCGCUGUAUCUGUAGUACAUGUAGUUAGUGUGUGUGUGUGUAUAAGCAGAAGUGAGAUCUUGUGUCUGUUUUCAUACAACAAAUAGUUCGUUCA